AUGAAUAUUAUUUUUUACACAGUUUUAAUUUUAAUAUAUAUAAUUAAUAUUAAAAAAACAGAUGUUCAAUGUGCAAAAAUAUAUGAUUUUAAGAAAAUAAAAAUUACAUAUUCAUUUAACUCACUACGAGAAUUUAAAAAAAAAAAAAUAAAUGAUCUUAAUGAUGCAUUUUAUAAAAAAGGAAAAUUUUUUCACAUCCGAAUUCCAAAGAAAACAAUAAAGAAGAUUAAUUUGUAUAGUAGAGAUAUAUAUAAUGAAAAAAUUAUAAACUUUAUAAAGAAUAAAAAAAAAAAUAAGCUAUAUUAUUUAUGCAUACCUAAUAAUAAUAAAUUUGUAUUAAAAAAUAAAAAUAAAAAUAAAGUAUUGCAAUUGUUUUUUGAAAAAAAGAAGUUACUUGAACUAUAUUUGUAUAAAUUCAAAUCAUCAUUACUAUAUAAAUAUAGGGACAUAAAAAUUAUAACUAAAAUUUUUUUAUUUUCCUCUUUAAUAAUAACAACACUUAAUAUAUUCGGUUUAAAACCAGAAGAUAUUGCAUUACAUAGUAAAAGAGUUAUAAGGUCUUUUGAAUUUUAUAGAAUCGUAACAUCAGCAUUGUUUUAUGGGGAUAUAUCAUUAUAUGUUUUGACAAAUAUAUAUAUGCUAUAUGUACAGAGUCAAGAACUAGAAAAAUUGUUAGGAUCAUCAGAAACUCUCUCAUUUUAUUUAUCACAAAUAGUUAUAUUGUCUUUUAUUUGUUCUUAUUUAAAAAAGCCAUUUUAUUCAACGGCCAUAUUGAAAUCUCUGUUAUUUUUAAAUUGUAUGCUUAAUCCAUAUCAAAAAUCAAAAUUAAUUUUUGGCAUAAGUAUAUACAAUAUAUAUUUGCCAUAUUUAUCAAUUUUAAUUGAUAUUUUACAUGCACAAAAUUUAAAAGCUUCAUUAUCUGGAAUAUUAGGAGUUACAAGUGGAUCAAUUUACUAUUUUUUAAAUAUUUAUUUAUAUGAAAAAUUCAAUAAAAAAUUUUUCAAAAUUCCAAUGUCUUUAAAAAAUUAUCUUGAUUCAUUAAAUUCAGAAGAAUUAUUUUAA